GCGUGUCAAGGCGGGAUCCCAGGCUCCACCCCGACCUCCCGGCCCGCCCCGCCCCGCGUCCGCGUGGUUCUCACACCAGCGGCUCCGCGGAGCCUGUGGUCCUCGGCCGGCUCCGGGUUGCGGUGGCGCUGCGGAGAGGCUCAAUCCCCCAAGGUCUGACCGUGACCUCUGCCCAGAAGAGACCGGGGAGCGCGCUCUCCGGGCAGACCUGCACGCCACCAGCUUCCAGCGACUCGUCCGGGACCUAGAGUCUUGGAGUUCCGAACAAGUGAGCGACCCCAGGAGGACAGAUCCGGGUGGCCAUGUCUGCGCCCGCCCGCCGUCUGUGUCAUAUCUCCUUCCAUGUGCCAGCUAGGCAGCCCCUAGCGAGGGACCUACACCGCCUCUUCGGCUUCCAGCCCCUGGCGGUGCGGGAAGCAGGCGGCUGGAGGCAGCUGGCCCUGCGCAGCGGGGACGCAGUCUUUCUAGUGAACGAGGGUUCGGGGCCCGGGGAGCCACUGUACGGCCUGGACCCUCAUCACUCAGUGCCCAGCGCCACGAACCUGUGCGUGGACGUGGAGGAUGUGGGCGGCGCCGCCCGGGCGCUGGCGGCUCGGGGCUGCAUCGUGCCGGUACCACCCACUAGCGUGAGAGAUGCCCAGGGCACAGCCGUCUACACAGUGGUCAGCUCUCCGGUUGGUAACCUUAGCCUUACGUUGCUGCAGCGUGCUGGCUACCGCGGAUCCUUCCUGCCCGGAUUCAGACCCCUGCCUUGCACACCAGCCCCGGGCUGGGUCAGCCACGUGGACCACUUGACCUUGGCCUGCACCUCCGGCAGCUCCCCUGCACUUAGGCGCUGGUUCCACGACUGCCUAGGGUUUCACCACUUGCCGCUGGGCCCAGGUGAGGAUCCGGAGCUGGGCUUCACGGUGGCUGCAGAGUCUGGGCGAGGGGGUCUGAGGCUUACCGCCCUGAAGACCCCACCGGACAGCACUGUCCCCACUCUCGUGCUGGCAGAGUCUCUGCCCGGACCCACUGACAAACAGGACCAGGUAGAGCAAUUUCUAGCCAGGCACAGGGGGCCGGGUUUGCAGCACGUCGGGCUGUACACUCCCAACAUCUUAGAAGCCUCUGAAGGGAUAGCGAAGGCAGGAGGCCGGCUCCUGGCUCCUCCUGAAGCUUAUUACCAGCAGCCCGGCAAAGAGGAACAAAUCAUAGCCUCGGGGCACAAGCCUAGCCUUCUAGAACGACAGGGAAUCCUACUGGAUGGCGAUAAAGACAAGUUUUUGCUUCAGGUCUUCACCAAGUCCCUCUUCCCUGAGGACACCUUCUUCCUGGAGCUGAUUCAGAGACAGGGAGCCACAGGCUUUGGCCAGAACAACAUCCGGGCACUGUGGCAGUCGGUGCAAGAGGAAGCCGCCAGGGCCCGGGGAGCCUAACCCAGGCUGGAGCUGGGAGUUGCCCCUUGUCUCGGUGCUCUGAAGUCCAGCACAGGCCUGCUGGAACUGACACACUCCGCAGAAACACACCAAGGAGAGAGGCUAUCCCUUCCGGACAGGUGUGAUCCUCAUCCCAACGGGUACCUGCCAACUGUAGAGCCUCUUACUGGACUCCAAAGAGACAGGAUUUAGAAAGACCACUCCUAAACUGCCUAACACAGCUAGGAGAAAUAAACUGAGGAAUGAGGUCGGAAGACACAAACAACCAACACCCCUGAGCCUGUCUUCCCUGCACCCUUCAAGAUUUGCGACUGUUAGCCCUUCUGCUUUCUGAAGUUUCGCUGCACCUGAAAUGUACCCUGAAUAAAUGAUUCGAUUCUGUUUUUGAGGAAGGAAUUUAAUACAAAGCCUCCUCUAAGCUGACCUCCCUAGGGACCAACUGUUCCAGGUGUGGGUGCUAGCCCAACCGCCUGCGAUGCUGCAGCUCCAAUUAGAGCUGGCCUGAGCCCAGACAGGAGUGACGGAAGCCAGUCAGCCAUGGACAGGUGCUCCCUGCAGCUGCCCUCACGCUUUCCUGGGAAAGAACACUCUGGUCAGGUUGCCUCCUGCCUUCCAGGUCUGCCGGGGAGCUCGGCCAGAGGAAGUCAGAACCGAGCUGACUACCAUCUUCUGAGUCUCUCAGAAGUUAGUGAAGGGGCUAGAGAAAGUGUGGAAAAGUUCUCCAAAGGCACUACAAAAACAAGCAUUUUAUUAGACUGGGUUUGGGGUGGGGAUCCCAGGGUAUCACUGGGCAGUAUUUUCGGGUGUGUCUGUGCGGAUAUGAGGCUGUAAGAAGCUAUCCAAGACUUGCUGGCCCCGGCUCAGUUUUUUCCUGCGUGAUGGAGGAGACACCUGUGACCUUUUAGAACCCUGUGCAAAAGCCAAAGGUGGAAGGAAAAUGAGUACACAUCAGGGAAUCUUCUACCUACUCUACUAGUCUAUUAUGCUGUAGAAUUUUCCACCUGCCUUCAAGCAUGAACCCUUUAAUCAACUCCCUAAAAGGCACCCAAGAAAAUCUUGCUAAGAUACAAAGCUGGGGCCGGGGACAUAGCCCCACUGACAGAAGGCUUGCCUUAACAGGCAAGAACCCUAGGUCGGAGUCCUAGUGUUGACUAACAGUGUAGUGGGCACCUGGUUGGCAUCCCAUCUGAAGGAAGAGCAGAGGUUCAAGGACAUCGUCAGCUGCAUAAUGAGGGUGAGGCCAACCCAAACCAUAUGAAACUGUCUCAAUGUGGUGGGGAUGGAGGGAUGGCUCAGUGGUUAGGAGUGUGUACUGCUCUGACAGAGGACCCAAGGUGGGGAUGCAGUACACAUGUCUUGAAGUUCUCAACUAUAACAUCAUACCCAGGGGAUUCGAUGCCCUCCUCCAGUCCCUCUAGGCGCUGCACUCAAUGUACACAGGCCCACACACAGAC